AUGCACUGCACGACCGCCAUCGCCGGCCUCCUGGCCCUCGCCGCCGCCGCCUCCGCGUCCCCCGUCAUGGGCACCAUCAAGAUGUUCUACGACCCGGCCUCCGACUGCACCGGCACCCCGAUCCCCUACGAGGGCACCGGCAAGUCCCUCGCCGUCCCGACCGACUUCCUCGAUCAGUGCCAGCCCAUCCCUGCGGCCGUCGACAACCACACCUACGAGAAGUUCUCGGCCAGUGGCUUGACCCCGCUCUUUAACUUUGAGCUGUACACCGACGCCGACUGCAAGAACCUCGCUACGAACGCCGCCAACGUCUGCGUGUCGGGUGUCGCGUCCUAUAUCGCCCGUCGCGUGGACAGCAACUAG